AACAUUUGUUUAUUGGACAUUUUAGCGGUAAAACACGUUUGAAAAUAACGAAAAGCCCGGUAGGAACAUGCGCAGCCGCGUCCCGCUCGCAUCUGACGGCUUUGUCCGUAAAUACACAGCGUACGGUAAAUCAAAAUGGCCGCCGCAGCGCUUGUGUGCGUGCGCGCACCUUGUUACAAUACAUAUUUUGAUAUCUAAGCUUCGUAAAUGACUUAGAGGAAUAGUUUUAUUAAUUUUAAGACGGUAUAUAACUGAUUUAAGUCAUGAAACGGGCAGCAUAUGUCUAAAAACCCGUGAGAACCAAUUUACACACACAUGUAAACAAUACGCGGAGGAAUGUUGAUUCAAUGGAGAAAUCAAGCGAUUCAGCAGCACUGUGUGCGCGCAACCAAUCAAGAGCUUUUGAACUUUGUUGUUCAUUCGCCACAACAGAGAUGGCGCUGUUACGAAGUUUAAAUAACACAAGGGGUGGUUUAUUGUAAACAUCAUAAUGUCAUAUUUAAAAUAAUUAUUAUUGGAUAACCGCUCAUUGCCUCUCAUUUUAUGCGCAGCGUAUUACAAUUGAAAGUCAUUAUUUUUCUUUCAUAUUUACUUUGUUUAUAGUUUGAUCGUUUGAUCAAUAUCCAGUUGCUAUCAACGCAUGCCUAGCGAGCGGGUGGAACUAGUAUCUUUGUAUUAUUAAACAGCAACAAUCUUUAUAACAAUGGCGAUUUGUUAUCAAAAACAUCCCUUCGAAAUAGAAACAGAGGACCGGCUCACAACUAUCAACACAAAAAUAUUCGAGAUCAAAAAGAAAAUACAACUCUCUGAGGGUCAAAGAAAGUCCAACUACGAGGAGAAUGAAGCAGAGAAACAGCAUAAUAACGACCAUAUAGAUACUCUGAAGAAGGAGAUUAAAUUGCGUCUGACGGAGCUCGCGCGGGCACGAGAGGUCAUAGGGGAAGAGGAGGUGCAGAUCAAGAAGUACCUGAACGAUGUUUGUCCCAUGGGGGACAAGAGUGCUGAUCUGAUCACGCACAAUCUAGACCUAAAAGUGAUAGAACAGAGAAAAAUGCUAGACCUUUUAAAAUACGAGAAAAGAAGUAAAAAGAAGAAACUGACAGAACUGGAGAAAGAAUACGAGUAUCUUCUGAUUGAGAACAACAAGGGGAUCCUUGUUAAAUCUAAGAAUAACAGCAGAGCACGGAAGCACGUUUCUCACCUAGAGAAUGAGAUUCACAAGGUUCUCAUACAAUGGACAGAAGCUGAAUUAGUGAAAAAGAAGUAUAUUUCUAUAAGACAAGCUCUGAUAGACGAUUCCGUGAAAUUUGAAAGUUCCUUGACUCGGAUCGAAGAUCUUCUAAAGAAGCAGAAAGAAGAAAUUAUGAAAUUAGAGCGUAUUCGUGAGGAAGCAGGAGACAUGCGAAUAAAAGCGACAGCCGCGACGGCAGCAGAAGCGGCGCGCGCGCAUGACGCUGAACAUUCACGAGCUUCUGAGAGAGCUUUCUUUGCGCAACGCUUCGCAGAAAGAAAACGAGAGCUGGAAAAACUUGAAAAGAGAGUGUUUCCACCACAAGCGCGGGUGGUGGUGCGUCAGGAGUCGACCAGGUCUACUGAAGGAGAAGCAGUUCCUGAAGAGGUUUCAGCCGCUCAACAGAUGGAGGAUAUCUUUCAGAGACUCAUGAAACUAACAGGAGUGACGGACGCAGAAGAAGUGUUUGACCGGUUCCGAGCUCAACGCGAGACAUCUCAGCGUCUCAACUACUUACAGCAGACUACAGAAGAAGAGAAGCUGGGCUUAGAACAGACGCAGACCACGCUCAUGGCUGAAUUAGAGGCUUUCAAGUUUGCCUCCGUCAAGGAUAAAGAUGAAGCCCAAGAUCAAAUAACGGCGUUGAAGGAAGAGAUAGAAGCAGAGAACGCAAUAUACGAGGAGUUGGAGAAGAAUAUGGAUGAGCUGGAGAAUUUGUUGCUAGAGAUCAAGAGACUGCUUUAUGACCUGUGCAAGCUUUUGGAUAUCAUUCCAGAGCCCAGUAUGCCAGAAUGGACGGCCGAAGCUAGAGACGUGCAGGAACUGGUGCAGGUGCUGACCACACGGUACGAGAAGGCGAGGCUCAAAGUAGAAGAUGUUAAGGAAAAGCAGAAGGAUAAUACUAUUAUCAUGGUGCCUUCUAACCCGACCAGCGCGGCAGCAUCAGUAGCUGGGCUCAGCGGGCAGAGCCACAGCACUCACAAGGAAUCGGAGAAGAACAUACCCACAUACAAGGAGCUGGUGACGAAGGAGCCGGUUAAAGCACAAACAUCUGAAGAUGACGAGGAUAUCCCUUCGCGGUGUUACCUGAAGAGGCAGGCGCAGCUGAUUGUGGACACCAAGUGUAGGAGGAAGGGUUUCCGACUACCGCUCAAGCGGUAGAUGGAGUUCUAUUGUCUAGGCGGAAGAUGACUACGAUAUUUUGUUUGAAAAUAACUUUCAUCAUUUGUAUAGUUCAUUUAGAAGUGCUGUAGGUAGUUAAAUUGCAAAUUUGUUUUUGGUAAU